AGUGCCAGCUGUUGGGCAUUGGCUUAGCCUCCUAGUGCAUCCCAGGCUGCCAUAUUAUUCAGUCACCAUCCUUGCCCAUUGGGACCGCUUCUGAUGGCUGUGGCCUCUGCUGCCCUAGGGAGCACCUUCUGUAAGCAGCUCCUUUUCUCUCUCCUGGUUCUGAUAUUAUUUUGUGAUGCUUGUAAGAAAAUUUCUCUUCGAGUUCCUUCUCGUCUUCAGGCUGAGACACUUGUAGGCAAAGUGAAUCUGGAGGAGUGUCUCAAGUCUGCCAGCCAAAUACUGUCAAGUGAUCCUGACUUCAGAAUUCUAGAAGAUGGCUCUAUUUACACAACAGAGGACCUCAUUUUGACUUCUAAAAGGAAGGGCUUUUUCAUUUUACUCUCGGACAGUCAGAGGCAGGAACAGAUAGAGAUCAAACUUCUACUGGCAGCAAGAGAAAAUAAGGCUCCUAAGAAGAGACAUACCAAAGACACCAGCCUUAAGCGCAGCAAGAGACGAUGGGCUCCUCUUCCAUGUUCAAUCAUGGAGAACUCCUUAGGUCCAUUUCCACAACACAUUCAACAGAUCCAGUCUGAUACUGCACAGAAUUAUACCAUCUUUUACUCCAUAAGUGGACCAGGUGUGGACAAAGAGCCCUUCAAUUUGUUCUACAUAGAUAAAGACACUGGGGAUAUGUUUUGUACACGAAGCAUAGAUCGUGAGCAAUAUCAACAGUUUUCGCUAUAUGGCUAUGCAACAACCGCAGAUGGUUAUGCACCCGAGUAUCCACUCCCCAUGGAAAUCCGAGUUGAAGAUGAUAACGAUAAUGCCCCAUAUUUUGAAAACAAGUUGACUGCCUUUACUGUGCUUGAAAAUUGCAGACCUGGAACUUCAGUGGGGCGAGUGACUGCCAUAGACAAUGAUGAACCUGACACCUUACAUACUCGCCUGAGAUAUAGAAUUUUACGACAAACCCCAGGUCACCCAAAGCAUUUCUCUGUACAUCCAGAUACAGGUGUCAUCACAACAGUUUCAUCUUUCCUGGACAGAGAAUCCUGUGAAACAUACGAGUUAAUAAUGGAAGUGCGAGACAUGGGAGGCCAACCCUUUGGUUUAUUUAAUACGGGAACAAUUACUAUUUCACUUUUGGAUGAAAAUGACAAUUCACCAGUGUUCACAGAAACUUCUUACUUCGUAGAGGUAGAAGAAAACAGAAUUGACGUUGAGAUUUUACGAAUGGCGGUGCUUGACAAGGAUUUGCCCAACACUCCUCACUCAAAGGCUGUGUAUAAGAUCCUACAGGGAAACGAAAAUGGAAACUUCAAGAUUUCCACAGAUCCAAAUACAAAUGAAGGAGUCUUAUGUGUUAUCGAGCCAUUGAACUAUGAAGCCCAUCACCAAAUUAUUCUGAUAAUCGGUGUACUUAAUGAAGCACAGUUCUCUAAAGCGGCAAACUCACAAACUCCUACUAUGUGCACUGCAACUGUCACUGUUAAAGUUAAAGACGCUGAUGAGGGCCCCGAAUGCCAGCCGCCAGUGAAAGUUAUUCAGAGUAAAGAUGGCCUUAAAGUUGGUACAGAGCUCUCUGGAUACAAAGCGGUGGAUCCGGAAAGGGGCAGUAGUGAAGGCUUAAGAUAUACGAAGAUAAGAGAUGAAGAUAACUGGUUUGAAGUUAAUGAACUAACUGGCAACUUGAAAACUAUAAAAACACUGGAUAGAGAAUCAAAAUUUGUCAAAAAUGACCAAUAUAAUAUUUCAGUGAUUGCAAGGGAUGCAGAUGGCAGAUCUUGCACUGGAACAUUGGUAGUUCGUUUGGAAGAUUAUAAUGAUCACCCACCAAAAAUUGAUAAAAAAUUGACAAUUUGUCACAAUGAUAAAGAUUUUGCUGUUUUGGAACCUGUAGAUCUAGAUGGGCCUAAUAAUGGUCCACCAUUUCAAUUCUUUUUGGAUAAGUCUGCUAGCAAAUUAUGGACUUUAGAAUCAAAGGAUGGUAAAACUGCCAUUCUUCGUGAACAGAAGCCUCUUGAUUAUAAAGAUUAUUCUGUGCCUAUCAUAAUAAAAGAUAGACAUGGUUUGUCUGCAAAACAUGUGUUACUGGUGACAGUAUGUGAGUGUAUAGCUCCAUCUGAUUGUAGAAAGAGUACUGUAAGAGAGACAGAUGUUAAGAUAUCAAAUGUCAUACUUGGAAAAUGGGCUAUUCUUGCCAUGGUGUUGGGCUCUGCAUUGUUGUUAUGUAUCCUGUUUACAUGUUUCUGUGUUACUGCUAAGAAGACAGUAAAAAAAUGUUUUCCCGAAGAUAGGGCCCAGCAAAAUUUAAUUGUAUCCAAUACUGAGGGUCCUGGAGAAGAAGUGAUGGAGGCAAAUAUUCGACUCCCCACACAGACGUCCUACGUUUGUGACACAAGCUUGUUGGGCACCCUUGGUGGCCAGGGGAUCAAAACCCAGCAAAGUUUUGAGAUGGUUAAAGGAGGCUACACUUUGGAGUCCAACAAAGGAGGUGAACACCAAACCUUGGAAUCCAGCAAGGGAGUAGGUCAGGGCGUAACAGACACUGGCAGAUACAUAUACACGGACUGGAAUAGUUUCACCCAACCUCGUCUCGGUGAAGAAUCCAUUAGAGGACACACUCUGGUUAAAAAUUAA